AUGGCGGACGUGAAGGUCACAGUUGUUCCGGGACCUCUGCUACAGCUCGGUGAAGGUCCCCACUGGGACGUGGACUCGCAAAGUCUGUACUACGUGUGCAUUCUUAGCAGCACGCUGCACCGGUACGACUGGCGUGAGAGCAAAACGUAUUCUGCCUCGAUCGAGGGCAGCACGUACGCUUCGUUCGUUAUCCCUGUGAAAGGCCACCCUGGACAGUUUGUGGUCGGAAGUGGCACCCAGCUGCUGGUAGUGACCUGGGAUGGUCGUGCCCCAGUGGCCAAGGUCAAGCAGGUGUUGGCAGACCUUGGAACUGAUGCAGCGGACCAUCGCUUUAACGAUGGCAAAGCGGACGCACAGGGACGACUGUACGCCGGUACGAUGCUGGCGGAGGACUCGCGGAACCACUUCGAGAUGGAUGAUGGCAAGUUGUACCGCUUCGAUGCGCCGCGUGGCCAAAUGGUACCGCUCAAGAGCAAGGUACACAUCUCGAACGGGCUGACGUGGAGUGCACGCACCGGUCGGUUUUACUUCAUCGAUUCGUUUGCGUUCGACGUGAAGGAGUACGCGGUGGAUGCCGAUGGGAACUUGGGUGCGGAGACGGUGUUGAUAAGGCUGAAGGAUGACGAAGCAGCUACCGAGUUCAUUGCGGACGGUAUGACCAGCGAUGCCGAGGGUGAUCUGUACGUGGCCGUGUUUGCGGGUUCGAAAAUAAUCAAAAUCAAUCCAGAGACAUCCCAAGUGGUCCAAGAGAUCCCGCUACCCGUCGCCCAGGUGACCUCGGUCGCCUUCGGAGGUCCCAACCUGGAUGUCCUGUUCGCCACGACAGCUUCCAAGGAGCUAUCCGUCGCGCAAGGACCUCCGGCUGGAGCUCUUCUUCAGAUCACUGGCCUCAACACCCGUGGCACUCCGAUGCAUGAAGUUGUCCUGCCAGAUGCCUCCUAAUUUCCACCUCUCUCUCUCUCUCUC